UUGCCUUGCAGGCAGCUGACCUGGGUUCGAUUCCAGACAUCCAAUAUUGUUCCCCCGAGCCUGCUAUGGGGGAUGUCUGAGCACAGAGCCAGGAGUAAUCCUGAUCAAGUGUGACCCCCCCAAAAAAAAAGAAAGAAAAAACUCUCCCCCCCAAAUAAAAAUGUAUUUGGAAAUGGCCCAGAGAGGGUGAGAUAGAUAAUCCUCCAAAAUCACUUAGCUUGCCAGUGUGAUCUGUACACUCUCACCCUUUACUGGGACCCUAGACCAGUGUCUGCUGUGCAAAUUCCUGGGGGCAGAGUCCAGUCAGGGGCGGCUUUUUUGGGGUCUGAUCUGUCCCUUCCAGGGAGGUCGCAAGUCUCAAUCCUGACUUAUGACCUUCCCAGUACCCAGUACUCAUGGCUAACCUCUUCUCUCUCCCUCCCUCUGUCUGUCUGUCUGUCUGUCUGUCUGUCUUUCCUUUGACCUCUCUCUUGUGCAGGGAGCCCCCCGCCCCAACCUUCUCUGUCACUUUCCAGGUGUGUCCCUGGCACAACCGCCUGCUGCAGGCUUGCCCUUUGAGCUGUGCUCCCCGCUUCACCCUCCUUCCUAUGCCCAGCCUGGUCCCCCUGCAGGAUGCUGAAGUGGACAGACAUGGGCAACGCCCUGGAGCCUGUCCUGCUCUUCAUGACCCUCCUGGGGGCCUGGGCAGGACAGGGCCCCGGGCCGAGCCAGCAGGCCUUGACGGUGGCCGUGGUGUUUGGCAGCGCUGGGCCUCCACACUCGCCGGCCCGUAGCCGCCUCACUCCGCAGAACUUCCUGGACUUGCCCGUGGGGAUCCAGCCACUCACUGUUGGGGUGAACCACACGAACCCCAGAAGCCUCCUCAUGCAGAUCUGCGGGCUCCUGGGGGCCGCACAAGUCCAUGGCAUCGUGUUCGAGGACAGUGUGGACACAGAGGCAGUGGCCCAGAUCUUGGACUUCAUCUCUUCUCAGACCCACGUGCCCAUCCUCAGCAUUAGCGGGGGCUCUGCCUUGGUCCUCACUCCAAAGGAGCCGGGCUCCGCCUUCCUGCAGCUGGGCGUGUCGCUGGAGCAGCAGCUGCAGGUGCUGUUCAAGGUGCUGGAGGAGUACGCUUGGGGCGCCUUCGCCGUCAUCACCAGCCUGCACCCGGGCCACGCGCUCUUCCUGGAGGGCGUCCGCGCCGCGGCCGACGCCAACUCCCCGGGCUGGCGGCUGCUCGACGUGCUCACGCUGGAGCUGGGCCCGGGCGGGCCGCGCGCGCAGACCCAGCGGCUGCUGCGCUCCCUGGACGCGCCCGUGCUGCUGGCCUACUGCUCGCGCGCCGAGGCCGAGGUGCUGUUCGCCGAGGCGGCGCGGGCCGGCCUGGUGGGGCCCGGGCACGUGUGGCUGGUGCCCUCCCUGGCGCUGGGCAGCACCGACGCGCCGCCCGCGUCCUUCCCCGUGGGCCUCAUCAGCGUCGUCACGGCCAGCUGGCGGCUCAGCCUGCGCCAGAAGGUGCGCGACGGCGUGGCCGUGCUGGCCCUGGGCGCCCACGGCUACCGGCGCCAGUACGGCGUCCUCCCCGGCCCGGCGGGGGACUGCCAGGGCCGCCCCGGACCCGUCGGCCCUGCCCGGGAGGCCUUCUACAGGCACCUACUGAACGUCUCCUGGGAAGGCCGAGACUUCUCCUUCAGCCCUGGGGGGUACCUGGUCCAGCCCACCAUGGUGGUGAUCGCCCUCAACCGGCACCGCCUCUGGGAGAUGGUGGGCCGCUGGGACCACGGCAUCCUGCACAUGAAGUACCCGGUGUGGCCCCGCUACAGCACCUCGCUGCAGCCCGUGGUGGACAGCCGCCACCUGACAGUGGCCACGCUGGAGGAGAGGCCCUUCGUGAUCGUGGAGAGCCCCGACCCUGGCACGGGCGGCUGCGUGCCCAACACGGUGCCCUGCCGCCGCCAGACCAAUCACACCUUCGGCAGCGGGGACGCGCCCCCUUACACCAAGCUCUGCUGCAAAGGCUUCUGCAUCGACAUCCUGAAGAAGCUGGCCAAGGUGGUCAAGUUCUCCUACGACCUGUACCUGGUGACCAACGGCAAGCACGGCAAGCGGGUGCGAGGCGUGUGGAACGGCAUGAUCGGGGAGGUGUACUACAAGCGCGCAGACAUGGCCAUCGGCUCGCUCACCAUCAAUGAGGAGCGCUCUGAGAUCGUGGACUUCUCGGUGCCCUUUGUGGAGACGGGCAUCAGCGUGAUGGUGGCACGUAGCAACGGCACCGUGUCCCCUUCCGCCUUCCUGGAGCCCUACAGCCCAGCCGUGUGGGUCAUGAUGUUCGUCAUGUGUCUUACCGUGGUGGCCAUCACUGUCUUCAUGUUCGAGUAUUUCAGCCCCGUCAGCUACAACCAGAACCUCAGCAGUGGCAAGAAGCCGGGGGGUCCAUCUUUCACCAUCGGGAAGUCCAUCUGGCUGCUCUGGGCCCUGGUCUUCAACAACUCGGUGCCCAUCGAGAACCCCCGAGGGACCACGUCCAAGAUCAUGGUGCUGGUGUGGGCCUUCUUCGCUGUCAUCUUCCUCGCCAGCUACACUGCCAACCUGGCUGCCUUCAUGAUCCAGGAGCAAUAUAUCGACACGGUGUCAGGCCUCAGCGACAAGAAGUUCCAACGGCCCCAGGACCAAUACCCGCCCUUCCGCUUUGGCACCGUACCCAAUGGCAGCACCGAACGAAACAUCCGAAGCAACUACCGCGACAUGCAUGUACACAUGGUCAAGUUCAACCAGCGCUCGGUGGAGGAUGCUCUAAGCAGCCUCAAGAUGGGGAGGCUGGACGCCUUUAUCUAUGACGCAGCUGUGCUCAACUACAUGGCGGGAAAGGAUGAGGGCUGCAAGCUGGUGACCAUCGGCUCUGGCAAGGUCUUUGCCACCACGGGCUACGGCAUUGCCAUGCAGAAGGGCUCCCACUGGAAGCGCCCCAUCGACCUCGCGCUCUUACAGUUCUUGGGGGAUGGGGAGACCCAGAAACUGGAGACAGUGUGGCUCUCGGGGAUCUGCCAGAAUGAGAAGAACGAGGUGAUGAGCAGCAAACUGGACAUCGACAACAUGGCUGGAGUUUUCUACAUGCUGCUGGUGGCCAUGGGGCUGGCGCUGCUGGUCUUCGCCUGGGAGCACCUGGUCUACUGGAAGCUUCGACACACCGUGCCCGACGCGUCCCGACUGGACUUCCUGCUGGCUUUCAGCCGGGGCAUCUACAGCUGCUUCAGCGGGGUGCAGAGCCUGGCCAGCCCCCCGCGACAGCCCAGCCCGGACCUCACCGCCAGCUCGGCCCAGGCCAGCGUGCUGAAGAUGCUGCAGGCGGCCCGGGACAUGGUGAGCACGGCGGGGGUGAGCAGCUCCCUGGACCGCGCCGCGCGCACCAUCGAGCACUGGGGAGGCGGCCGUCGGGGGACCCCAUCGCCGGCCUGUCCCUGCUCCCGGCCCCCCACUCCCCACCCGGUCCCGGAGCCCAAUCCGCAAAGCUGGGCUCCGAGGUCCGCCCGGCGCCGCCGCCGCAGGCUCCCGGGGCCCCCCGCACCCCUGCCCGACGUGUCCCGGGGGUGCGAGGCGCGGGGACCCUGCGGGGCCCCGCAGCGGUGCGAGCUGCCCGAGUGCCGCCACUACAGCUCCUUCCCCCGAGCCCAGCGAUCGGGGCGCCCCUUCCUCCCGCUCUUCCCGGAGCCCCCCGAACCCGCGGACCUGGCGAUGCUCGGACCCGAGCAGCUGGAGCGGCGCGAGGCGCUGUUGCGCGCCGCCUGGGCUCGGGGAAUGCGCGCCCGACACGCUUCCCUGCCCAGCUCGGUGGCAGAGGCCUUUCCAGCCUGCUGUGCCCGCCUGGGGUGCGACCACUGGGUGCCACUCCCCUCCUACCCGGAGGCUUGCCAGGAGGGCUGCUGGGCGUGCCAGGGGCUGCCCGCCUGGCCCUACAGGCAUCAGGUCUGCGCCCACGCGCACACCCACCUGCCACUCUGCUGGAGGCCUAUCUGCCCUUCCCUGCCCCUGCCACCCUGUGCCAGCCACAGCCCCUGGCUCUCUGGGGCCUGGGGAGCUCCCGGGUGCAGAAGCAGGACCCUGGGACUGAGCACCGGCUACCGGGACAGUGGGGGGCUGGAGGAGGCCUGCAGGCCGGCUUGUGGGGUGCAUCACAGCUAUCCUGGACUUUGCACCUGGAGGCGGAUCUCCAGCUUGGAAUCGGAAGUGUGAAGUGCCAACCGUGCCAACCGCUCUGGUGGUUGGGCAGCCGGAUUC